CAAGUUGGGUUGGGAGGGCUUCAAAGGUCACACCGUUGCAAGAAUUCAAAAAGUGGAAUGCACAUGGGAAGGGGCAUUUUCGUGAUUAUCCAUCGAACCAUGAAACGUGGCAUCAAACAACAGGAAGGACAAGAGCCAAACGGUGUCUUUUCCUUAGUAAAUUCUCCACUUUCAUUUGGAAAAUCACUCUUAUUACCAUUCAAUGCCACUCCCUCUUCUUAACUCUUUCCUCACUCUCACCACCGUCACACUCAAAUUUCCCGUUUUCCGAUCCCUCUCUCUUCGUUUCCUUCCCACGCGCCUUUCUCACUCGCCUUAACCACGCGACGAUUGCGUUUUCUAGAACGUAUUUCGCCUCUCUCUUUCUUUCUCUGUAACAAUGUCGUUUCGUUCUUCCUGUGAGCGUUUUGCUUUUUCCGCACAGAUUUGAACACUGCAAAAAAAUUUCAACGUUGUUUUUUGAGAAAGAGCUCACGGAGUAUUCAUUGACAUACGGUGAACGAGAAACUGAGUUAAUUUUUUUUAAGGGAUUUAGGGUUUGUAUUAUUUGUAAUUUGGGGAUGAAUCGUAGCUUCAGAGCUCAGGAAUUACAAAUGCAAGCUGCUUUGAAGCAGAGGGAGCAGCAAUUUGGGGGUUUAACGGCUUCACUCACGACGGAGAAAGAUGAGGAGCUUGCAUUGUUUCUCGAGAUGAGGAAGCGCGAGAAGGAACGGAAUGAUCUUCUGCUUCACACCUCGGAGGAGUUUGAUGCAGCUUUGGGGUCAAAUCCGGGAAAUUCUCCCUUAUUUAACAUUUCUUCCUCUAUGCCUGCUGCUCCUGUGCGAAAGUCUGGUGCUGAUGAUUUUCUCAAUUCGGAAAAUAAUAAAAAUGACUAUGACUGGCUUUUAACUCCUCCUGGUACUCCUCUUUUUCCUUCUUUGGAAAUGGAAACUCGGAAGACUGUUAUGAGUCAGCUUGGUACUCCAACUGCUCGUCCCACAGCAUUGAAAUCAAGAUUGGCAAAUCAUCAAUCAGAGCCUGCUGGGAGAACUAGCUUGGCAUCUAGACAGCCAACUUCCUCCCCUAUAUUGAGCUCUUCAAGUGGCGUAACUAGGAGACCCUCGUCAUCAGGAGGUCCCGGAUCACGCCCUGCAACUCCUACUGGACGCCCUUCAUUGUCCACAGCUUCAAAAUCAUUAAGAUCUUCAACACCUACUCGGAGUUCGAUACCUUCAACUAGGACCAUGGUAACUGCAUCCAAGAACACAAUGUCCACAACCAAGCCCAUCAUGGUUUCUACCACUAAGCCUUCGACUUCUUCCAUGAAGACCGCAGCCCCUGCUGCAAAACCAGCGACCCAAUCAAGAUCCACUACACCUUUGUCAAGAUCUACUGCAAGAUCUUCAACACCAACUAGCAGGCCUACUUUACCUCCGUCCAGGUCCACAUCAAGAGCAUCUACUCCCACUCGGCGACCAUCUAUGCCAUCAAAUGAGUUAAAUAUAUCUUCUUCUUCAGUUAAGAUUUCUUCAAGCACCAAGCCAGCUACUGUGGCGUCAAGGCAGCCAACUCCUGUUAAAGCAAGGCAGCCAGCUCCUGUGACAGCAAGGCAGCCAGCUCCUGUGACGGCAAGGCAGCAAGCUCCAGUGACCUCUAGACAGCAGCAAGUACCAUCACGUGGCACAUCACCAACAGCGAGGUCAAGACCAUGGAAGCCGUCGGAGAUGCCAGGGUUUUCACUUGAUGCUCCACCUAACUUGAGGACUACACUACCUGAUAGGCCACUUUCAGCGAGUAGGGGCAGACCUGGAGCUCCCUCUUCUCGGUCUUCAUCUGUUGAGCCUUCUUCUAGUGGAAGACCCAAGCGACAAUCGUGUUCUCCUUCAAGAGGACGGUCUUCCAAUGGCACUGUUCAUUUAAGUGGAAAUUCAAUGCCUGCAGUUAACCGUGGACGCUCCAAAGUGAAUGACAAUGUCAGUCCUGUACUGAUGGGCACUAAAAUGGUUGAGAGGGUAAUAAACAUGCGAAAACUGGCACCACCAAUGAUGGAUAACAAAAACUCUCCCCGUAGCAAUCUGUCUGGCAAGUCAUCUUCAUCUCCAGAUAGCACAGGAUUUGGAAGAACUCUUUCAAAGAAGUCCUUGGAUAUGGCUAUUAGGCAUAUGGAUAUAAGGAGAACCAUUCCAGGCAACUUACGGCCAUUGAUGACAAAUAUUCCGGCAUCUUCUAUGUAUAGUGUGAGGUCUGGAUCUCAGCGUGGUCGAACAAUUAGUGUGUCAGGCUCUCCUCAUGCCACAAGCAGUAAUGCUAGUUCGGAAAUGAGUGUAAACCAAAAUGGUAUUUGUUUAGAUAGUAGCGAGAUAGAUGAUGAAAUUGGCAGUGAGAGAUACGGUCAAUCUCCUGCCAGUGUACGGGGAAGGUAAACUGUUCACACUUCGGGAAACCCUGCAUAUAUAUUUGAUUAGCACCAACGUUCUUAUUCUGGAUUUUAGCCAUUGCUGAUUUGCAUAUGGAUCUAACAUGCUUGUACUGAUGUAAAGCUUGAUGUAACCUCGUGUAAGAUGGUGUCCUCUGAUUUUAGAUAGAUCCGUAAUAUGUUGUAAUGGUAACGGUCAUUUUUGAGGUCUAUCCUCUAUUUUUCAACAAACCUUAACCCAUAUUUAUCAUCUAUCGGUGCAAGUGAUUGACAAAUUCCCCAACA